ACAAAGCUCGUCCCCGAGCUGGGGACAAGAUGGAGAUGGAAAAACCUUCCGAUCAUCAAAUGAAAAGUAGCGAAAACCAGCAUGCGCAGCAGCAGAAGCAGAUCACAAGCCAAAAGGGUGGUCUUAAGACCAUGCCUUUUGUUAUAUCAAAUGAGACAUUUGAGAAAGUAGCAGGCAUUGGUCUUCAGGCAAAUAUGAUUUUGUACUUAAAAAAUAAGUAUCACAUGUCUACUGCCACAGGAACCAACGUGUUGUUCUUGUGGUCAGCAAUUUCCAAUUUCAUGCCAAUCCUUGGGGCUUUCCUCUCCGAUUCUUUCCUGGGCCGCUUUCGUGUCAUUGCACUGGGAACAGUCAUCAGUCUUCUUGGAAUGAGCUUAUUGUGGUUAACUGCAGUCCUUCCACAAGCAAGGCCCCCUGAUUGCAGCAGUCAGAACUUAGAAAGUUGUGCGUCCCCAAAAGCAGCACAGCUGGCACUUCUAUUCUCAUCUUUUGCUCUCAUGUCCAUUGGAGCCGGUGGCAUUAGGCCAUGUUCCUUGGCCUUUGGCGCUGACCAGUUUAAUAAUCCUAGCAACCCCAAAAACGAGAGGGUCUUGCAAAGCUUCUUCAACUGGUAUUAUGCUUCAGUCGGAAUUUCAAUCAUGAUUUCGAUCACUGUUAUUGUCUAUAUUCAAGAUAAAGCCGGAUGGGCUGUGGGCUUUGGAGUUCCAGCAGGGCUCAUGUUGUUCUCCACUGUCAUGUUCUUAUUGGGUUCACCACUUUACAUCAAAAUGAAAGCAAACAAAAGUUUGUUUACAAGCUUUGCCCAAGUCAUAGCGGCGGCUUGGAAGAACAGACACUCGGCUUUGCCACCAAUGGACUCUGAUGGAUGGUACUAUCACAAAGGUUCCAAGCUUAUUGCACCAACAGAAAAACUAAGGUUUCUUAACAAAGCUUGUGUCAUUAGAAACCCCGAGAAGGACUUAGACUUAGAUGGUUGGGCUAUAGAUCCAUGGAAUCUCUGCACGGUCAGAGAAGUGGAAGAGUUGAAAGCAUUAAUCAAAGUGCUCCCCAUUUGGUCUACUGGGAUCAUGAUCGCCACAACCAUAAGCCAACACUCAUUUCCGGUGCUCCAAGCGACCGUCAUGGACAGGCACUUGUUUGCAGCAGGUUUUCAAAUUCCUGCGGGUUCCUUUGGUGUGUUUGCAAUGAUUACUUUGACAAUAUGGGUAGCAGUCUAUGAUCGAAUCAUAGUUCCAUUGCUAGCAAAGUUCACUAAACGAUCACGAGGGCUUACCUCUAAAGAACGAAUGGGCGUUGGGUUAGCAAUUUCGUGUAUGGCAACAGCAGUGGCAGCAACAGUGGAGAGCAAGCGGAGAGCUGCAGCAAUCAGAAAAGGAUUGGCCGAUAAUUAUUACAUGCCGGUGGACAUGUCUGCAAUGUGGUUAGUGCCACAAUACAGCCUGACUGGAUUAGCCGAGGGUUUCAAUGCAAUUGGGCAAAUAGAGUUCUACUACUCUCAGUUCCCUAAAAGCAUGGCUAGCAUUGGAGUGGCUCUUUUUGCCCUUGGCAUGGGAGUGGGAAACUUGGUUGGAAGUCUUUUAGUUGCAAUUUUGAAUAGUGUGACACAAAAAAAAGGGGAAGUGAGUUGGGUGUCAACCAACCUUAAUAAGGGUCACUAUGACUACUAUUAUUGGCUUCUUACAAUUCUAAGUGUGAUUAAUGUCUUGUAUUACUUAGUGUGCAGUUGGGCUUAUGGAUCUUGUGAGAACAAAAUGGUGUUGGAUGAAGCAGAGGAAUUGGGCAUAAAGGAGCUGGAAGAAGUAGAAGGCGGCGGCAAGGGAAAGGGAUCCCCCAUUCUUUGAAUGCUAUACUUAAUACCUACAAUUUGUGCUGAAAUAUUUCCUCCGAUCACAAGCAUAGGCCGCUCUAUUAGUGUAUGAAUGUAGAAAGGAUGAAAUCAUCUUGUAAUAUCCGGACUAUAAUAUAUACAUAUAAAUGUGCUUUCUCCACAUUGUUACCUACAUGUGUUCAAGAGCCAGGUUACCCCAGAGUAUUAUUACAUUAAUCACGUGUUGCUAACAUCUUAAAUGUUUCUCUACACCCACCCAGCCCAAACCUAUUUCAUUAAUCGAGGGUCACAAUAAUAAACCAACAACUCAAAAGCAGAUUCGUUUAAUAGUAGAUUUUUUGUUUUUUUUUUUUAUUAAAAUUAUAUGCAUAUGAAUCCUACGAGA